AGAAGAAUAAGUUGGGUUACUUUAGUUAAAGAAAUGUUUUUAUAGUUUCAAAAAUAAGCUUUCUCUGUAUAUUUUUCGAAAAUACGACAAACUACAAUAGCAAUGACCGAAAAAUCCGCUAUGUCCUUACCUCAGAAACGCUAUUACAGGCAAAGGGCUCAUUCGAAUCCAAUAGCAGACCACUGUUUCGAAUACCCGCAAACACCAGAUCUAAUGGAUUGGUCAACAUUUUAUCCGGAUAAAUUUAAACAAUCGGAGGAUACUGUUAACAAACCGCUGGUGGAAUUUGCAGACAUCGGUUGCGGUUACGGAGGUUUAUUAAUAACACUCUCCCCUAUGUUCCCACAAACGCUAAUGAUCGGAAUGGAAAUAAGAGUGAAAGUAUCGGAUUACGUGAUGGAUAGAAUAUCCGCUUUAAGGUCCCAGCAUCCCGAGGAAUACCAAAACAUAGCCUGCUUGAGAACAAACGCGAUGAAGUACCUACCUAACUUCUUCAAAAAAGGCCAACUGAAAAAAAUGUUUUUCCUCUACCCCGAUCCUCAUUUCAAGAAAGCCAAACACAAAUGGAGAAUCAUCAAUAGGAGUCUUCUAGCCGAGUACGCUUACGUGCUAGCCAUAGGGGGAAUUGUUUACACCGUAACAGACGUGAAGGAUUUGCACGAUUGGAUGGUGCAACAUUUUACAGACCACCCCUUAUUUCAACGCAUAUCUGAAAAAGAAUUGGAAGAGGACCCGGUGGUAGAUAAACUAUACAGCAGCACAGAAGAAGGCCAGAAAGUAACCAGAAACAACGGCGACAAAUUCUUAGCGGUAUUCAAAAGAAUCGCCGACCUCACCCAAAUUGUUAACCAGUAACAAUAAACGUAUACAUUUUAUUAAACGAUUUUGUGCGAGGGACAUUUACAAUCCGCCACUGUGCAGAUGUCGCUCAAGUGCUCCAUGGCGUGCUUGAUGGCGUUUUCGUCUUUAAUUUGCUCCUCUAGCGGCGUCAAAUGGAAUAUCCCAUCGACGGUGUCUCGAAUGAACGUUUUGAACGUAUCGGCCAGUACAGGAGCGGCGGGCCUCGUGAAGUACACGGCCUUCUCGCGGCGCCACGGCAUCUUCGCGACGCACCCGCACGAUCCGGGACAAUCGCAAACCUGGCCGCAUCUGGUCUUUUUGAUUUGAGUGUAGUAGGGCGGAUAGUUCUCGAAGGUGGUCGAUGCGAUUUGCGGGAACGUACCGUUGAACACCACGUCCCUGCAACGAAAUCGUUUCAAAUUUUAGAAUACAAUCGGUUUGAGUGUUUACGAAAUGACGUGUUCCAUGACGUUCUCGAUGGUAUCGGCGUUGACGCUUUGACAGCGAGGUUCGUGUUUCGCGCUGAGGCAUCUGUUUGUUUUAUUGGGUCUGGGGGCUAGUAAACCGGGCAAAUCGACUUUCAUGGAGUCGGUCGAGUUGAAUUUGAACACGUUGGUGGGAUCGUACAGAAAUAUGUGCAUGUCUUUCCUGUCUAUAACGUGCACGUUCACCACUAGAGAUACUUGGUAGUUCACGUGAUCGGGGCAUAUCUAAACACGCAAAUUUGUUUACAUAAUUUCAAGUUAAAUCGGUUUGCGGGUAGAUACCAAUUCUUCGUCGUUUUUAUCGCAGUCGUCGUACUUCACGGGAUAGUCGGAGAACUCGAAUUCCUCCUCUUUUCGCUUCAUCAGAUCCUCUUUGAUGGCCUCGAAUUUCUUUUCGAUGUACAUCAAUUGCAGGUCCAUGGCGGUGCAAGUGACCACGAACGAGGAUAACAAGCUUUGAUUGAACGAUUCGAUCACGAUCGUCAGGGAUUUGCUUUUGCCGGGACGUAGUAUUCCGGUUUUUUCGCGCACUGUUAUCUUGAUGACGUCCUGGAUAUUAACCCUGGAAAAUAUUAUUAAUGUAAAAAUCGGUUGUUAUUCGAUCACUCACUCGGUCCAUUGGAAGUAAAUCAGCCUGGUUUUGGAGCGGUUUUCGAUGAAGAUGACCCUUUCGCAGUAGUUCCACGUGGGUAGACACUUAACGUUCAAUUGGUCCUUGGAGAAUAUCACGGGGAAUUUCCUCGUCGUGGAGCCGGAUUCGGGCAUGUUGGUUUCGAAAAAUUGGUGGAUAAUAGGCUGCAGCGAACCGUAACCUUCCACUAGGAGAGUGUGGGAUUCGUUGUUGAAGCACAAUUUUAUGGUGGUCUAAAACGCUUAAUAGGUAGGAAUCGUUUCGUAACCAAUCGAGCUGCAUUUACCGCGUAUUUGAUCAACUCGAUGGGCUGAAACCGAACCAUCAAAGGCCACAAGCCCUUCGGCAACACCGUCGUGCCGUUGUAAAAAACCUCGAAUAUUUUGUAUCUCUUCAGAUCGUUCAAUUUAUGCACUUCCGACAGAUCCACGCAAAUCGGCCCGGCUAUGUUCGAGUUGUUGUAGAACCAAAACAUUUGCGCCGGAGGAUUCGACGCCG